CACUGAAUUCUUUUGUUUAUUUAUUAAUUAUAUGCUUUAAAAAAUCUAGAAAAAUGAAUUCUUUUCGGACAAAUGAAAAGUGCCUUCCUUCUCUAAGGAUAUCAGAUCUGCAAUUUAAUUUUAAUCAUGAAUAUUUCAAUGAGAGAUUCAAGUGGUGAAUUAAUUGAAAUUCUUAUAAAAGAUGCAAAUGCUUGCAAACGAAUGCAACUUGAGAAUGGAAUAAAAAACAAUUUUGCAAAUCCACCUGAAGCUAAUCAAACUCUUUACAACAUUAUUUCGUCUUUAUCGGGGAUAGAUGAAGGGAAGUUAGUUUUGGAUAAUGAAGAUUCAAAUGCCUCUCAAGUUGAUUUUCUUGAAUUAUCAAAUUUGGAAACACUCCCAGACGAUGGAGUUACAAUUACAGAAUUUGUAAAUAAUCUUGACAAUAAUGAUAAUAAUUACCUGAAAGAGUACCUACACUCGAACAAUAUUGAAAUAAUGGAAGAAUAUCAGUUUCUGGAUGGCAAGGAAUUAGAUGACAAGAUUGAAACAUCUGAAAAAUUAAUUGUCACUAAUGAUAUCUCCUCGCCCCUUUGUCGACUUUGUGCCCGCCAAAGUGACGAAAUGUUCUUCAUUUUUGGAUUACUUCCAAAAGAAACAAGCAUAGCAGAAAAAAUAAACAACUACUUACCGAUUAAAGUCGAAAAGACCGACACCUUUCCAAAGAAGAUCUGCCUCCCUUGCCUUGAAAAACUAGAUCUAAUUGACAAUUUUCACAAAACAGUUUCCGAAUCAGAAGCAAAUUUUCUAAAAACUAAAAAGAAAAUUUCAGGAAAAAAAACCGAACCUCUUGUUGAAAAGAGACCUCCAAAAUCGCUCAUUUCUGCAUCACCAGCGAAAAAAUCUUUCGAAACUGAAGCUCUUGAUCCUGAAAAUCUCUAUGACAAAGUCCUGAAUGAGGAUGAUUUUGAGAUGAUUGAGGAGAGCGAAGAAGAGAAUGCAGUGCAAGAAGAUGACUCCGUUGGCCCAAAAAAUUUGAGCAAAAAUUUAGAAAAAGAUCAUUCUAACGAAGCCAGUGAAGUUUCUUCAAGUACGAUUGAACCAAUAAAAUGUCGUGUUUGUGAAGCGAAAUUUUAUACGAUGAGGAAAUGUUAUCUUCACUCAGCCUCUCAUUCUUCAUCGAAUUAUUAUCCCUGUAGCCUUUGUGAUACAGAUUCGCCAAGUCCGGAAAAAUGGAGGGAACAUUUUACGGAACACAGUCCUAGUAAAUUACACGAUGAAAGAAUCUUAAAUUACGAAUGCGAAAUUUGUCAGAAGAAGCACGUUUCUGAGGCAAGACUGAAGUUUCAUCUUCAGUUCCAUGAAGCUGGUGUUAAAGCUCGUUAUUGUCAAAAAUGUGAUAAGUUUCUUGCUUCCGAGUCAGUACUUUACAAUCAUUAUGUGAUGGUUCAUAUGAAGUUGAGGGAUUUUUGUUGUGACAUCUGCGGCAGUGUCUUCAGAUCUCAACCCCAGUUGGAUGUCCACCAGCGAAAACAUAAAAAUGAGAGACCUUACGAGUGUCAAUUUUGCUCUAAACGAUUUUUAUCCAUGGAUAGUCUCCGGAGACACAGAAAACUUCACCUUCCUGAUAAACUUUUUCAGUGCAAGCAGUGUGGAAAGCGAUUUAAUCGAGCAAAUUCCCUGACAAACCAUCUUCUCACUCAUCAAGUCGAAGCCAAACAGUCUAUGAUCUGUCAGUUCUGCGAUGCGUGUAAUGAAGUUUUUCUUGAUGUUUCUGAAGCUGAAUCUCAUAUUCAAGUCUGCAAAUCAAGCGAUUCGCCUAAGAUUGAAGAGAAAAGUCUCAAUGCUAUCUACAGAUGCGAGUUCUGCCAACGUUGUUUCACCUCCAUUAAGUUUGCAAAGACUCAUAGAAAAUCUCACUCUGGUCCCACGCCUUUUAUCUGCACAAUUUGCAAUGUGGCCUACGCAACUUAUAAUCAAGUACAAGCACACAAAAGCGCGCACAGAAAAUCUUCUCAAAAUCUUCGCUCAAAGGAAACCACAAUCACAAAAUUCUUCUUUUGCGAAUAUUGUGAGAAGGAAUUUCUGCAGUUCACCAACAUGAAUGUUCAUCGAAAAUCGUGUGUCAAGACGAAAAACUGGACUUGUGGUUGCUGUUCUGCCGUAUUUCCAAAUAAUUUUGAAUUAUCUAAACACAAAAGAAGAAGGGACCCUGGCGAAGACUGGUCCUGUGACUAUUGCGAUAAGAGUUUUGCAAACUUCUGCGGUCUUAUAACUCAUAAAGAUUUGCAUACGAGAACAAACAAGAAUCUGCUUUUUGCCUGCUCUAUUUGCGGGAAGAACUUCCAUCAAAAAGCUCAUCUAACUAUUCACACGAGAAGUCACACUGGGGAAAAGCCCUAUGCCUGUGAUUUGUGUGAUAAGGCCUACAGUAUUAAAUGCGAUAGAGAUAAUCACCGAAGGACUCACACUGGAGAACGUCCCUUCAAAUGCACGAUUUGUGAAAAAGCCUUUAAAAAUCCAGCCAGACUUCGAGAACAUAUGCUAAAUCAUUCCGAUAUUCGACCCUAUAAGUGCGAUAUUUGUGAGCAGGCUUUCAAAAAAGGCAGUGCAAAAAAAGUUCACAUGCUCAUUCAUACUGGAGAAAAACCAUUUCAAUGCGAUAUUUGUGGUUUACAUUUUCGAAGAUCGGGAGAUAUGAAGAAACACAAAAUCAGCCGGCAUGAGCCAAAGCCUCAGGCUGAUAAGACUGAAGUUACAGACUAAUUUCCCAAUUUGUUGACAAAUAAAAGUAUUUGUAAAUAAUUAUUAGGGUGAUUUAAAAAAUUGUUUAUUAAUAUAAACACGUACGGUAGCCAAAUUAGGGUAGUCUUUUUAGUUAAUUAAAUUUCUGAACAAAACAAAAAAUGAAAAUCGGACUGAAAAAUCCCGAAAAAA